UGACCUCAAGCGUAGGGCGGGGCCUCCUCCUCCUCUUCCUUCCUCUUAAAGAGCCCGCGGCGGGGAAGGGGCUGGUUUCUUCUCGGGCCUGCGGGGAGGUGGAGGAGGGGCUUGACCCCCCCUCCCCAUUCGUGCCCCCCUGUACCGACCCCCCUGCAGUGCCACAGAUGCGGGCGGGUAAUUCUGGCCUCUUUGCAGCGCGGAGAUUAUGACCCUAAAAAAAAGAGAAAAGCAGCUUUACGUGGGAGCUCGACCCCCCAUUGCGUCGCCCCGGGGUUUGCUGCGGGACUUUCUUAUAAACAAUUCGGAAAAAGGUUGCACUCGCUGGAGGGCCUUAAAGCAGCUUUGCGUGGAAGGGUUUUUGAGGCUUUCUAGAGCCAAGUUGAGUGGUGAUACCAAGCCGGCUGCACGCCUCGCAGUGCCCCCGUUCAACUUCAUCUAGGUGGGGCGAAGCGUGAAAUAAUUCCACAGAGCGAUUGCGUGGCCAACACCGUUUGUACACGUGCAGGAGAUUGUGGCGUGGCCUCAGUGCUAUACAGGUGCGAACAUUAGUACCUUACGAGGGGAGCAUAACUAGUUGUGCGGUGCAGCCGCUUGCAUCCGGCACACGCACGUUCUCAGCGAACGGAGGAGGAUUUCAUUCACGACGAGUUCUGGCUCAGAGUUGGGGUUUGCUGUAGUACGAUGUGUUUACUGGCAGGACACGAGACACGGCGAUUGCAUUGUACGGGCACGCAUUUUGCAGCCAGCACGCAGAUGUUGCAGUGACUCCAGUCAGUGGAUUUAAACAUAGAUCGCGCUGUUUACACACACACAGAGAGAAAGCGAUGUUUGCGUUUGCCUGGGAGGUUGCAUUCCAUGUACACAAGGUGCGUUUUAUCUAGCAGAGAUUGCAGCCUCACACGCGUUCUGCUUCUGCUGCAUUGCACGCGGAGACAGAUUUAUUUGGCAGACCGCAUUAAACGGAGAUGGUGCUUUUGCCCAGACACAGAAACGUUACACUCACAGGCUGCAUUUGCACUUAAAACAGCGAUUGUGCUUACGUUAUUGUGCAGCGAGCUUUAUUGCACGCUGUGCAGUGGCUGCAUUUAUGUAUCGCAUUGCGCGUGCACGUACACUAUCCGCUGCAUUCAAUGCCUCGCGCGCACCCAGGCCUGGUGCAAGAGUUGCACGGCUGGCCCUGCACAGCCCGCUGGCGUUGGCUCCAGAGACCGCCCGGCACUCACACCCGCUCCGGUGGCAUGUGCUGCACUGCGCGCGCAAACAAGCCCCGAGCUCUACCUUGGACGCGCAUAAUAAAGCACAACGGCCCAGCGUCUGGCUGCAUGGGCCUAAGCGGCCGCGGGCGACUGAUCUGAAGGGGGGUCCCUUUUGCAUCGACCCCCCCCCGCCGCCCUUAGGCGCUCUGCUGCGGCUGGCAGCUUCCUUCUCCUCCCCUCCCCCAUGCCUCGGCAUUUCCGUCCUUCCUUCCCUUCCCCCCCCCAGUCGCUGGGGGUGGCGGCGCGUUGCACAGGCCGGAUGCGGCUGAGUGAGUGGGCGGGGGCGGCCCGGGCGCUGAGAUCACCGGGGGUAUAAAAGCAGCGGAGCUGGGCGCGGCUGGGUUUAGUCCGGGCGGCUGGUCCGAGGCGGCGGCACAAAAGCGCAGCAGCAGCAGGCGGCGCGGGGGUGGGAAGACCCAGGCGCAGCCCCCCGCCCCCAAGUCUCCGGUCGGUGCAAAGGGCCCCGGCCGCGUGAAACAGGCCGAUCCGUGCAGGAGCGAGCCGGGCCGCAGCCGCCCCCGCCCGGCAUGGAGGUGCAGAAGGAAGCCCAGCGCAUCAUGACCCUGUCGGUGUGGAAGAUGUACAACUCCCGCCUGCAGCGCGGCGGGCUGCGGCUGCACCGGAGCCUGCAGCUGUCGCUGGUCAUGCGGAGCGCCCGGGAGGUUUAUCUCUCGGCCAAGCUGGAGGAGGACGAGGAGGGGCGACUGGGGCCGCAGCCCGGCCCGGGGGAGGAAGGCGCCGGCCAGACCCCGCUGCAGCCAGCCGCCUGCCCCGGCCCCCUGGCGUCGGAGGAGCGGGCAGCCCCCGCGGACCGUGGAAACGCCCCGGGCGCAGGCGAUCCGGAGCCCAUGGAGACGCAGGACAGCAGCGGGGACUUGCCCCCGGCGACUCCAGCGCCCGGGGCCGGUAGGCGGCCGGCGCGGGGCGGUUCGUUGCCACCCCCGGGCAAAGCCAGUAGGAAACGGCGGAGCAGCAGCUUGGACAAGCCGGGAGCCGCCGAAGCCGGACUGGUGCCCACCAAGAAGGCCCGGCUGGAGGCGGAGGAAGAGGAGGGCGAGCGGCAGCCCCAGGGACAGGACGGCCCCUUCCCCAGCCUGGCCAAAGUCCUGCAGACCCGCUUCUCCGGGAUGCUGCGGGGCGGCCCCGCCAAGGGCCCCGAGCCCACGCCGGGCUGCCGGCCCGGGGACGGGGUGCUCAGCAUACUGGUCCGAGCCGUGGUGGCCUUUUAAAUCCCCGUCUCCGCCGCUUUGGGGGGACUCGUGGCUGGGGGGCCUGCCCCGCGGCGCGCAGCGGCUCGCUCGGCCCCUGGCGGGAGCCAUGGGGCAGGACGGGGGUCGCAGCCCCCCUCUCCCUGGCGGAGGGGGGGCGGGAGCCGGCCGUGCCUCCCGGGGGCGGGAGAGAGACACGCGAAGGCCGGGACUGGAUGGAGAGGGCAGCGGAAGGAAGAUCGGACUUUCCCCUCCCCACCCUGCUGGGUCCAGGGGGAGGCGAGGCCAAAGGAUCGAGGGGACGGACAGACGCCGCCGCUUUGUGUGUGUGGGAGCGGGGCGGGGGUGGGGGUGGGGGUGGGGGAACGGACUUUGGCACAACUUCAAGAUGGGGAAGAGACUCGCAAGCCGGGCUGAGCUGUCCC